UCAUCCCUCACCCCGGCCGGGGCCGGGCCCCUAGACUGACAGGAGGGCCCAGGUGGACGUUGGCUCGGAGGGGAAAGAAGCUAUUAUCGCCGAACCCCGCUCACACGAGGGGUAGAAGGGACGUAGGACCAGAGGUAACACGGCGUAGGCUACGGGCAAGGCCUCCGGACUGACGAGAGGAUAGGCAGGACCCGGCAUGGGGGGAGGCGGGAGAGGCAGCCGGGCCUAGGCCGCACCAGGCCGCGGAGUGGCCAUACGCUGCUUCCCGACCGAGGCUGCGAGCCAAGCCUCAGAGAACGGGGUUCUCAUUACCUGGACGGGUUCCUGCAGCACCGUCAUCCUUGAGGCUCAGGCCCACUUUCUGCAGUGCCUCAGGCCCCCCCCGUAGCGGCUCGGCCCGGCCAGCCCCGGCUCAUUUAAACUCACCAGCGACCGUUACCGGGGAAUGGGGGAGGCCGAGAGACUGCCGAGUACCUCCGAGCGGGACACGGAAAUACCCGAAGGGGAGAGAUCCGCGCGGGCGCCAGACGGAAAAGCCCGAAGGAGGCCGGAAACACCCGAGGUGGGUCGACGGAGGAGGAGACCGUUGCCGGAAAUUGUCGAGGAUUACCGGAGACUACCGAGUCCUGUCCAGAGCGUCCCACCUCUACCAAAGAUCCCAGCAGGACAACAUGCCUCCCAAGAAGCCUGAGCCUAAGAAGGAAGCCGCCAAGGCAGCCCCAGCCCCUUCCCCUGCCACAGCGCCAGCCCCUGCUCCAGCUCCUGAGCCCACCAAGGAACCUGCCUUUGACCCCAAGAGUGUAAAGAUAGACUUCACUGCUGACCAGAUCGAAGAGUUCAAAGAGGCCUUUUCCUUGUUUGACCGGACCCCCACUGGAGAGAUGAAGAUCACCUACGGGCAGUGUGGGGACGUGCUGCGGGCCCUGGGCCAGAACCCCACCAACGCCGAGGUGCUGCGAGUCCUGGGCAAGCCCAAGGCCGAAGAGAUGAAUGCCAAGAUGCUGGACUUUGAGACGUUCCUGCCCAUCCUGCAGCACAUCUCCCGCAACAAGGAGCAGGGCACCUACGAGGACUUCGUGGAGGGGCUGCGUGUUUUCGACAAGGAGAGCAACGGCACAGUCAUGGGCGCUGAGCUUCGCCAUGUCCUUGCCACCCUGGGAGAGAAGAUGACUGAAGCUGAAGUGGAACAGCUGUUGGCUGGGCAAGAAGAUGCCAAUGGCUGCAUCAAUUACGAAGCCUUUGUCAAGCACAUCAUGUCUGGGUGAAGCAGGCCACUCCAGGGUGCCAGGCCCUUGGCCUUAGCCCUCCCAGGGGGAGUUAGUGAGAGGCCCAGAGUGACUGAGCGGAGCUGGAGUCCUGGCCUUACCACUGCCCCACAGCCCGAGGACGUCAUGGGCCCACAGAUCUCCUUGUAAAUAAAAAGUUCCCGGGU